AAUCCCUUCAGUGUGUGUUGCUCUGUGAGGGUGUGAGGUGUUCACCCUAAGAAUUUUUUUGUUUUUAUGGAAACUUGAACGUUUUCUUCCAUUCAGAUAUGUUGGUAGGAAGUCGAUCAAGUCCCCGACGGAUACUGACGGCAGCGACGGUCACUUCCUUGGUAGGUGCUGUGUUCACCCUCGUGCUGGUGCUGAUGCCCUGGUCACCCUCCCUUACCCGUCACCCUCGCCACGCUUCACCCCCAAGCCUCGCCCCCGAUACCCUCUCCAGAAACAGUAAUGAUAUCGGGGGUGACAAAACGCGAGCUAAAAUGGACUAUAUACCAGGCUGGCCUUAUGGUCUGAAAAUCAACGAACCUGAUACAUGUAAGGACCAGGAUGUGUACAUACUGAACACCAUCACCUCCAACCCAUCUCAAGUUUACCAUCGGGAAAUGAUCCGAGACAUGUGGGGGCGCGAGAGUAUAGCCAAGCAGCUGAAACUAAGGACAGUGUUCAUAGUAGGAGCUGUUCCCUCGGCAGUGACACAGAAACACCUCCAGGAAGAGAGUGACAAAUAUGGUGACAUCAUACAGUUCGAUUUUCUGGAGACGAGGAAGAACUUGACUGUCAAGUCUCUGGCCGCUGUAAACUGGUUUAGGACCUUCUGCAGUAACGCUACUUGGGUGCUGAAGUGCGAUGUUGACGCUUAUGUCAACUUUUGGGCCUUACUGGACGUCUUAAAGCCAGUAGAUGACACCAGAGAUGCAGUGUGUGCUCGCUCCAUGUCCAGGUCUGUGUGUCGGGAGGUGACGAAGGGCGGGUGUCUGCCACACUACGUGGUGGAUCCCAAGGAUUUCUCGCCUAAUGUGUACCCGCCUUACUGCCAGGGUUACGCCUACAUCCUGCAUCAGAGACUGGCGGACCGCAUGAUUCAGAUGGACCAGCUGAGAACCGGACCACCCUUCUGGCUGGAAGACGUAUAUGUCACAGGUCUUCUGCCUCGUGACCUUCAUCCCAGAUGGCUGGACAUCAGGCGUCGCAGCCAAGUGGUCCCUAUGUCGGUGCGACCAGAGUAUCACGACGGCACCUUCCUCUUCAUCCACGACCUAGAGGGUCAGAUCGGCCAGGGCGCCACCAACUACGUCUGGCUGAAGACUCUGGAGCACUACAAUGUUACGCUCUGAUGCUCUCCUUGUUUCUUAAAAAUGUCACUUCAUGUACUUCUGUAUAAUUGUUACGCUUUCAGUAGACUGUACGGAGAAGUAAUAUAAUGAAUUAUGGUAUUUUU